UAUAUAUAUAUCCUGUUUCAUCAUGAUUUCGCGAUUUUGAUUCGGAAAAUCGUACAAGUAAGGCUUAAUCGGUUCCAGAUUCUUUACCAAUCGAUCGUCGUCUAUGUCCCAGCGCUAGCGUUGAAUCAAGUGAGCGACAUCAAUAUACAUUUAAUCGGGGCCAUUGUAUGCGUCGUCUGUGUUUUUUAUACCGUUCUGGGAGGUAUUCGAGCAGUGGUUUGGACGGACGCGUUACAAGUCGGCGUGAUGAUAGCAGCGGUUAUCACCGUUGCCGUUCUAGGGACCUGUCAAAUGGGAGCGGCAGAAAUUUGGAAGAGGGCCACCGAGGCCGGUCGCAUUCAAUUUUUAAAUUUCGAUCCAUCGCCGUACACGAGGCACAGCGUUUGGACCGUACUGAUUGGCUCCUGGUUGUACGUCACCGCGUAUAUCGCCGUCAAUCAAACCAUGGUGCAACGAUACAAAUCGUUAAAAAGCACAAAAAUAUCUCAAUUAUCCAUCGCGAUAUUUACCAUCAGUAUAAUGGUGUUUAUUUCAAUAUGCUGUUGGUGCGGCCUGGUCCUUCUCGCUUGGUGGUCGCCGCCGAAAUGCGAUCCAAGAGUUUCCGGCUUAAUUACGGCCGAUGAUCAACUACUGCCGGCUUAUGUCAUGGAGAUCGCCCAUCAUUUACAUGGGAUACCCGGCCUCUUUAUUUCCGGAAUUUUUGGCGCGGCACUCAGUUCGUUAUCAGUAGGCUUUAAUUCGACGUCCGUUGUGAUAUUAGAAGACUUCGUCAAAGGUUGUUUCAAAAUGAAGCCCAACGAUCGUUGUUCCACAAUUUUCGUGAAAAGCCUUGUCGUUCUCUUUGGUUUGACGGCGCUUUGCUUUCUUUUCUUGAUUGAAAAGCUAGGAGGGGUUCUAUCCGUGACUAACAGCUUAGCCGCCAUCGCUGCCGGAACUUCUUUUGGUGUUUUCACUCUAGGAAUCUUGUUCCCAUGGACAAACGCCAAGGGUGCCCUUAUCGGUGCCAUUGCAGGCUUCGUAAUGUCCGGGUGGGUCAGUUUUGGAGCGAAUGCGGCUAUCGGUUCUGGUCUCAUAAUGCCGAAGAAACUUCCAGUCCCGCCCUGCACGGGAAAUAUUAGUUAUUAUAGUGACGACUUUUUUCAACAACUCUCAAACAAGUGGUCCAGCGAGGACGAUGUCUUCCCGUUGUAUCGGUUGUCCUAUCACUGGGUUGCUCCUAUCGGCACGCUGGCGGUACUCGUAGUAGGUGGCAUUGUCACUUGGAUGACAGGUGCACGAGAUCCCUCAUCGAUCGAUAGAAAUUUACUAUCCCCGGUGAUUCAUAGGUGGUUACCACAACAAAAAUAUCAGAGAGGAGUAGACGGAUCGUGCGUGUCCAUAUCGAUCGAUCCGCAAGUAUCGGCGAACUUAUUAUCGGUCAUUCAUCGAAAAUCAAAUCCUGCCGAUCUUCAGCAGAAAGAAGAAACAUUUACAAACGUACCAUCGUGAUUAAUUGAUGGUAUAAUAAUUACGAUGAUUCUAAAUUCUUUUUAUAGCUUCUUUUUAUUUAGACAAUUUCU